GAGUGUGAGAUUGAAUUUUGAUGCGAGGUAUUGGAGGAGAAAGAUAAAGUUGUUCCUUUGGACACGAAGUUAUCAAGUGGUCCUUUUUCAAAGUAGAAGCUACCACAUAUUUUUGGCGAUGAGGUGAGCUAGUUUUUUGGAUGUAUUGUCCCGCUGCUCUGGGGAGAGAAUCCUCGCGUUCAGAUGGCUACGUUUGGGUCUAUCAGUGAAUUUGUGCAGGGGAACGAGGACUGGCCGGAGUAUGAGGAAAGGUUGGGACACUUUUUCUGUGCUAAUGGAAUUACUGAGGAGGCUAAGAUGCACUCUAUUCUCCUGAGUGUGUGUGGGGCAAAGACUUAAAAGCUAAUAAGGAACUUAACCACACAGCAGAAACCAGGAGAAAUUCCAUAUGAUGAGCUGAUCAAGCUCAUGGGGAAACACCACAAUACAAAACCUUCUGUGAUAGUCCAAUGGUUUAAGUUUCACAGCCAUUUCAGGAAGCCAGGUCAGUCUGUGGCUGAGCUUCGGCAGCUGUUGGAACAUUGUGAUUUCGGAGCCAUGUUGGAUAACAUGCUCCGUGACAGAUUGGAAACUCCACCACUGACUUUCAAGAGAGCCCUAGAGAUUGCCCAAGGCAUGGAGAUAGCUGCUGAUAAUAUCCAGAAAGGAUAUGGGGGGUUGCAGUUGGCGGCAGUGUACUAAGUCAGGAGGGAGUCUGGUAAACGGGCAAAGCGGAUGGAAAUGUUUUCGGUGUGGAGGGACACACUAUGCAAAUGAUUGCAAAUUCAAAGACACUGUCAGCCAUGCUUGUAGUUAAAAAGUGCAGGAGCAUAAAGGGUGAGGUUAAGCCUGGGCAGGGGAAAGCUCAACAGACUCAGGCAGCCACACACCACCUAGGAGAAGCAGACGGAGAGGCAGCGUUUGCCUACAACAUGUUUGGGGUGGAAAUGGAUGAGGGACCACCUGAACCAUAUUAUGCCACAGUUACUGUUGGCGGAAAGGACAUUAAGUCUGAGAUUGAUUCAGGGGCUACUGCAUUGGUCAUUGGUGAGGAGACCUACAGGAGGACAUGGGGGUCCAACCUGCCUCCCAUCAGACUGUCUAAGCUCCAACUCAGGACCUAUACGGAGCAGCCCAUACCUCAUUUAGGGGUGUUAUAUGUGGAUAAUUCAGCCAGGCUGGUGAUAGCUAAGGGCAGUGGGCCCAGUCUUUUGGGCCGCGAUUGGCUUCGCAAAAUCCGGCUCAACUGGCAUGAAAUUAAGUAUGCACACACGAUGAAGGACAGUCUGCAGCGGUACAGUGACGUGUUCAGGGAUGAGCUGGGCACACUGAAGGGUGUGACCGUGAAACUCCAUGUCAACCCUGAGGCCGCACCACGUUUUUUUAAGCCCAGAUUGGUGCCCUAUGCCACAAAAGGCAGUCGAGACGGAGCUGGAACGGUUACAGGAGCUGGGCAUCAUUGAGCCCGUCCAGUUUUCAAGGUGGGCAGCUCCUAUUGUUCCAGUUUUGAAGGCAGAUAAAAUGGUGAGGAUAAGUGGGGACUACAAGCUUACAGUGAAUCAGGUCUCUCAGCUGGAGGAGUAAUACGCACAGGGAGUUUGGAGUGGCGUCUAGCCCCGCCAUUUUCUAAAGGACAAUGGACUCUUUGCUGUAGGGGAUUCUACACAUAGCAGUGUAUCUUGAUGAUAUUUUAAUCACGGCAGCCACGGAGGGGGAGCAUCUGGCUAACUUAGAACAAGAGCUGAAGAGACUCAGACGCAGGGCUGUGAUUGAAACGCGGCAAAUGUGUGUUCCUAGCACCGAGUGUGAGCUGCCUGAGACACCAGAUCACAGCUGAGGGGCUUUGCCCAGUGAACGACAAAGUGAGAGCCAUUAAGGAGUUGUAAGUGGUAAAUCUAGGUUUGAUUUAAAUGAAUCCAUAAUGCUGUAAUGAACAAGAAUUUAUAAAACAUGGAUCAAUGCAUUCCUAGAAUAAUAUUGUCCCAAGCUGUGUUUUAUGUUCACAUUUGGUUUAAGAGAGUUUUCCUUGCACUCAAUCACUCAAUACCUCCCUUUU